AUGGCAGCCCGCAGUUUCAAUCUCGGCAUCAUUGCGUGCGGCCAGAUGGGCACGGCCAUCAUAGCCGGAAUCCUCAGUCAAGAUCUCACAGCCAACGCGCCAUGGAACGUGAAACGAAUCUUCAUCUCAGUCCAGUCUGCAGCAUCCGUGUCUCGACUUCAAAAUAUGCUCGCGCAACACUUAUCUCGCGUAACUAUUUACCAAGGAGAUAACCUGGCAGUUGCGGAGCAUUCUCACGUCGUUAUCUUGGGAUGCAAGCCUGCGCUAAUGGAGAGGAUCCUGGGUGCGGAAGGUAUGGGAGAUGCCCUGAAUGGAAAGAUUCUUAUCAGCGUGUUGGCUGGCAAGACCACAGAGAUGACUCGAAGGGCAAUUAGUGGCUUUGAAGCACCAACUGGUGAAGCUACCCCUCAUGUGCAUGUUGUGAGGACAAUGCCGAAUAUGGCAGCCCGAGAACACGCUUCUAUGACAGUUGUUUCCUCGCCGGAAGACGAUUCGGAUAUUGAUGCCGUGAGAGUGACAAGAUGGUUGUUCGAUCAUGUUGGGAAGACACAUGAAAUCCCGGAAUCUUUGUUUGACGUUAUUGGGUCACUUGUUGGGUGCUCGGCGGCCAUGUUUACAGUGGCGAUUGAUGGGUUAUUAGAUCAGAGUGUUGCUAGUGGCCUCGAUCGACCGGCUGCUUUGAAAUUAGUCACCCAGACACUGUUCGGGCUGGCAAAGCUGCUGGAGGCAGGUAAUCACCCAUCUGUCUUGCGUGAGGAGAUCUCGUCUCCCGGAGGAAGCACCAUUCAAGGCCUGAUGGAGCUUGAGCGACAGGGGGUUCGCUCAGCUUAUGCCUCUGCGCUAAAUGUGACGGGUGAGCGGGCGAAAUCAUUGGGUUCUAAGGAGAAGUGA